GGCUUGAGUGGCAAGUUGUUUGUUCCAGCGAGCACCAGCUGCUCGGCACUCCGCGCUCCGCUGCUCCGCGCCCCGCCGGCCUCCCCGCCGCUCCAACUUUUGCACCCUCUGCUCCCUCAUCCCCUGCUCCUGCCCCCGCAGCUGGGAAGGGACAGAGAGAAGCCAGGAGGGGAGGAAAAAAAAAAAUUAAAAAAAAAAAGAAAGAAGGCACCGACAAUAACAGCUCCCCCCCCUCCCCCUCCCCAUUCAAAAACACAACAUAAACCCCAGGGAUAGAUGAACUACAAAUGAGAAAGAGGAAAAGAUGGAACUGCACAUCCUAGAGCACAGGCUCAGAGUGGCCAGCAUAGCCAAGGAGAGCAUCCAGUUGUUUACCUAUGGAUUAAUCAAACUUGCUUUCCUGUCCUCUAAGACGAGGUGCAAAUUCUUCAGCCUCACAGAAACCCCUGAGGACUACACCAUCAUUGUGGAUGAAGAGGGCUUCCUAGAGCUUCCUUCCUCGGAACACUUGAGCGUGGCCGAUGCAACAUGGCUUGCCCUCAACGUGGUGUCUGGUGGGGGUGGUUUCUCCAGCUCCCAGCCCAUCGGAGUGACCAAAAUUGCCAAGUCAGUCAUAGCACCCCUAGCUGACCAAAACAUCUCAGUGUUUAUGCUCUCCACCUAUCAGACGGACUUCAUCCUGGUGCGUGAGCGAGACCUGCCCUUCGUGAUGCACACGCUGGCUGCCGAGUUCACCAUCCUCAGAGUAGUGAAUGGGGAGACAGUGGCUGCCGAUGACUUUGGGGUAACAAAUGGAUUUGUCAAACCAAAACUAGUUCAGAGGCCUGUCAUUCAUCCUCUUUCCAGCCCAAGUAACAUGUUCUGUGUCACCAGCCUGGAUCCAGAUACCCUUCCCACUGUUGCUACACUCCUCAUGGAUGUCAUGUUUUACUCCAAUGGAGUAAAAGACUCAGUGGUGGGCAACGAAGACUCGGGACACAUUCGCUUUUUUUCCUUUUCUCUCAUUGAGGGUUACAUCUCCCUGGUCAUGGAUGUCCAGACACAGCAGAGAUUUCCUAAUAAUUUGUUGUUUACAAGUGCAUCUGGUGAGCUCUGGAAGAUGGUGCGGAUCGGUGGGCAGCCUCUUGGCUUUGAUGAAUGUGGAAUUGUCGCUCAGAUUUCUGAGCCUUUGGCUGCAGCCGACAUCCCAGCCUACUACAUCAGUACUUUUAAGUUUGAUCACGCCUUGGUACCUGAAGAAAAUAUAAAUGGCGUGGUCAAUGCACUCCAAGUCAGUCAAGCUGAAAAGCAUUAGAAAUCUUCUGAGCUGGUUCCAGAUGCUUUUUAUUAUUCUAAUAAUAAUAAUAAUUAUUAUUAUUAUUCUUUUUUUCUCACAGUAUUUCUUGAAAAAUCUGAUUACAGAGAGUGACAUGAAAAGAGACUGUGGAAAGUUGAGCAGAAACAGCUCCAAUAAGCCUUUGUUUUAAUUAUUAUUAUUAUUAUUAUUGUUAUUAUUAUUAUUGUUAUUUUAUUAAAUUUAUGAAUGAGGGGUAGGAGGAAAGGGAGUUUGUAUGGUUUCCUGAUGUUCAGCUCCAAGGUGAAGUGAAGCCUGGCUGUGCUCAGUGUGGAAGGAGCUGCCUGGGGACACCCAGGGACACCCAGCAGGGAUGGCCCUGGCACAGGCUGCUGAGCCCUGAAAACCAGAAACCAAGUGAAAUAUGGAAUUAAACAGAAAAGACGUCGCAUAGUUCUGCCUUGUCUCCUUGCAUCAGACUGCCUGAGGACUGUCCAUCAUUGCCUGUGCUGAGAUAGGAUGCAAAGGGUUCUGGUUCUCCUGACAGAACAAUUUGGUGUUGGAAAAGAGAAAAAUACCCACUUGUCUGACAUUUCCCCUUUGUCUUUCUCCCUGCAGUGAAAGCCUGGCUGCUCUGAGAAAUCCUGGGCAGGGGGAGCUCAGCUCUGGCCAGCUCCUGGCAGGUGGUGUCACCCAGAUUGUGUCUGCAUUGAAACUUGGCCACUUUUGGUCAGUUUUUUCCAGUUUCUCCCUCACUGCUCCAAAUAUUCUCCUGCCAUAUCCCCUGCUCCAGGACAGUGCUGUCCCCUUAUCCCACAUCAGAGCCUUCCCCCAGCCCUUGUUCCUCAGGGCCUCUUUUCUCCUGUCCCCUCAGGCUUUUCCCCUGCAGUGUGCCCGGGGUCUUGCACAUCCCAGGCCCCUUGGCCACAGCCACAGCUCUUGGUUGCCUCUGCCAGGGCCAGGAGGGUGCCUGAGUCUCGUGGGGAGCCUCCUGCAGUUUUUCAUCACACAGGUGGAAAUUGCUGCUGAAAACGCCUCAAACCUGCUCGCACCUGGUCCUGUCCCAGGGAGAUGAUGGGGCUUUUCCCAUGGGGGAGCAGUAGGCUGUUUUCUCCUGGCCUGUACCACAGCUGAGGGCCAGCAGGAGCCUGGCAUCAAGGCCCAUAGUGGCACCCGUGUCCAGGGGGUGCCUGUGGCUGCUGCCAGCUCUGUGGAGGACAGCAGAGACCAGUGCUGGAGAGAAGGGUUAGCCAAGGUGUGGCUGCCAGCAGUCUGCCCCAAGUGUGACCAUGCAGCAAGGGCUGGUGAGAGGAGAAACUGCCUGCAGAGAGCCUUGCUUUGCUGAUUACCAGCCCCAGCUUAUCUUGCAUUUCUUAACUUCUUCCACUUCAGGCUUGACAUAAAGAAUUUGCAGAUCUUGCCAUUUUCCUGAGGGCUUUCCAGUUGUGCUUCAGAGACAGCCUUUGGCAGGGUUUUCCUGAGGCUGUGCCACAUACAGCUGUGAGCCAGGGUUCUGCACUAAUCUGGAGGCAGGAAGCAAACACCUGGGAUCAUGCCAUGGGCAUGGUUUUUACUGGUGUGUAGGACAAGCAAACACACACACAGCCAGUUGAUUAGUUCUGCUUUCACAGUACAGUUGGGCCAAGCAGUUGUGGUUUCUCAGAAACUGGAUUCCAACUGAGUUUCAAAUCUGAUUUUUCACCAGUGGGAUGUUUUGUGGCAUCUAGACAAGGAGUCAGAGCAUGCAUGGGAAAAAGCAUGGAUGUCUUUCCUUGGUUGGCCCUACUGUAGCGAAAGCAUCCCUGCUGAGGAGCACUGAGGCAGACGUUCAGUGCUUUACCAAACAGGAUGUUCUGCUGUUCCUUUGCAUGGCUUUUCAGACUUGUCCCAUGAUAUGUUUAUAUUCACUCCAGAUUUCUGGACUAAGGGUUUAUUCUCAGUGUGGCAUCUGGAUGUUUGGUGUCCUGGCACAAGGACCAGGCACAGGCUGCACAGUGCAGUGCUGACAGCACCUGGAGAUGUUUGCUGUGGCUCUGCCAGAGCUGGGCACUGAGCUGGGCUGCAGUGGCAGCAAGGCCAGUGGCAGUUUUCACCCCAGGCAUUGCCAGGGGUUACUCCUGGGCAUGGCAGGUUGGCAGCAUGGUUUGGAGGAGGGGGAUGCUGAGUUGCUGCCCAGCUGCCGAGUUGAGCCUGAGUUUGUGCUGUGUGCAUGGAUGGUGCCACCAUGCCAGAGUCAUCAGGACAGGUCUUCCUUCUGCUCUGGGGUUUUGUCAGCCUUUGGGAAAUGCCAGUUUUGGCAGCAGAGAGUACCGAGUGUUGCUUUGCAUGUGCCAGUGCUGCUUCCAAAGGACUUCAGCAUGGAUAGGAAGGAAUUAACUUGAAAUAAUCCACAACUUCACUGAGCCUUAAAUGAAAGAAAAAAAAAAAAAAAGAAAAAAAAAAAGGUUUAAUUUUCUAACAUUUUACUCAGGCUAUUUUAGACGCUGAUGUUUGUAAUUUUUUUUUUUUUCCCCAAGGGAAUCGGCCUUAUAUUUGUGCAAUCUGUAGAAAGCUCUGUGUAUUUCAAACCUUCCAAAGGAAGGUUGAUGUCCCAGCAUGGGAAAGUUGGCCUGAAAAAUUCACAGAAUGUAAAAUGCUAUUGAGGCACUCUGAUGCUGCCACCAUCCUUGGCUUCACCUUUUUAUUUCCUUUUAUCUUUUUGUCCUGACAUCCAGGAAAACUGUUUCAGACAACUUAAUGAUUUCCCUUUAGUAUCCCCUUCAUAUUUUUUUCCAGUGGGAACUGAGAUACUCCAAAUGUGACCAUAAUUGGUGGAACCUUGUCCCUGCACCAGCCUCGAGUCAGGAUCAGUGGAAGCUUGCACAGUACUGUGCAUGUGAGACCUGCACUGCAGGAAAGGCUCUGUAGGGGCUUCAUUAAAUACAUUCAUAGUAAUAAUAAUACCACCACACUAUUACACCACAGUGCUUAGUGAACCCAAAGUGGGGAAGGCUCAUAAAGCUGCUCCACAGCUCCCACUCUCUCAGCACCCAGCCUCUCCCUCCUCUUCUUGCAUAAAAAUUCAAACUGCAAAAUGCAAAAGUGUUUCCAGCCCUGCAGAAAGGGGCAGGCAGGGGAGGAGAGCAUGGCCUUCAUGCAUUCUCUUUCUUUCUCCAAGGCCUUUAUUUUCUUAGAAGCCUCAACUUUUCCAAGUUGUGUUAUUAAAUAGGGUUUUGUCUUUCUCCCUCAACCCAAUUAGAAUUUGACUACAAAUUCCUUUCUACUGAGCAAGUGUGUGCAUAUAUAUACAUCUUAAGUGUGUCCAUAGAAAUCCACAGUGUGUCUCUAUUGCACACCUGUAAAUACCCAUUUAAAUACCUGUACAUGGUGUGGGCACUCAAGCAAUAUAGGGUCAGACACAUGCACAGCGUAUGUGUGUGUACUCUGGGCACACACCCUUCUGUGUGCAUCUGUGUAGUGAGUACACACUAUGUAUACACACAUUUAGUCAUCAAUGUAAUGUAUACACACAUUUAAUCACCAUCUAUUUUUCAUUAAAAUAAUGGGCAAUAUGAGUAUUAGUCCCACUUUUGCUUUUUUGUUUAGUGAAGAGCAGCAGUGAAGUUGACCUGAAGCAAAGCUGGGACUCCUCUGCUUGCUGGGAGCAGCAUUGGAUUUCCCUUCCUGCUUCAGAGAAGUCUGUUCCUCUCCAGUUUGGUGUCUCAAGCACAGAGCCUGAAGGAACUCCACUCCUUUUUCUCUCUGGAUGUUUUAGUUGCUACCCUAAAUUGCCUCAGCCUGUAAGUAGGGCUGCUCUGUUUGCACCUGGCUGGGGGUUUGCAGUGGGGCCCCAGCUCCUGCAGGCACAGAGCACUGCCUGCCUCCCCCAGACAAGGCAGGAGCUGCUCCAGGUCUCCAGCUGCUGGAAAACCUGGUCCCUGGUGGCUGGUUCCUGGUGGCUGGUCCCUGGUGGCUGUUCCUGGUGGCUGGUCCCUGGUGGCUUCCCCAGCAUCUCUGCACGAGCCUGGGGCAGGUGUAGAAGAUUUCCAGGUGGAUCUGUCUGCCCCAUGGCUGGUGCAGGGCUCUGGUAUCUGUUGGGGAAUUCAUACUUGUUGGCCCUCGAGGAGCUGAAAUCAGUGGGUUAUUUUUAAAUAGGUGGAAGUGGUGCAGGGUGUUUUCCUGUUAAAAGCAGAAGAGGCUGCUUGAAGCCAGGCACUGGAAGUGGGUGGUCUUUGCAUCUCACCACUGGAGAUUUCUGCUGACCAGGAGUGCUGUUAGGGCCCCUGUAGGGAAACAUUCUGUUUUCCUAUUUCAGUUGCACUUCACCAAAGGUGGGGUGGUGGUGGGGUGAGGGGUGCUGCCUUGCCACUGAUCUUCUGGCACUUUGAAGCUGAUUUUUCAGGCUGCCCCCCAAGUACACCUUUGCACAGGUUUGUGCAGCUUUCGGUUUCUUUCCAGGCAUUGUUUGGAGUUUCUGCAAUGCUGUGCUGUAGAUGGGAUGUAUCAGCCUCUCACGUGGGGAGGCCUUAAUGGAAAUACCUGGUUUGGCUGCAGCACCUGCAGUGGGGGACAUAAGUAUUAAGACUCACCUAAUGACAAUGCUAUUUAUAAAGCACACUCAUCAUACUGCUGCUCUGAAAUGUGUUUUAAACUCCAAGUUCUCUGUCAGCAUUCCCAGGGCUCAGGCUGCUGCUCAGAGGUGAAUCAAUCCUCCUCUCUCACAAAAACCUUGUUGGUGUCAGGUCCUGCUUUGGGCUGGCACAUGACACUGAGCAGGGAUUUGCUUUUUAAGAUGUGCCAUGGAGAUUUGGGUGUGAGGACUUCUGAGUUUUGCUGGGAGGUCCUGAUGGCUCCAGCCAAUCAAAGCAUCCAAGAGAAGUGUAUCUGGUUUUAUUUUUCUGAAGCAUGAUGUUUUGUCCUGCCAGCACUGGGAGGAACUAAGGGAGUGUGUGGCAGAGGAGCUUGCAGUGUAGCUCCCUGAGCACCCAGGUGUUUCCCUGGUGCUCUUGGUGCUUUGAGGAAUGUGUAGACCCCUGAGAGAGGCAAGGCAGGAGCAGCUCUGCUCAGAUCUCUGCCAUUGCACUGCAUUUGCAGGAUUUGCUGCCUUCAGGGAUGAGCUCCUGACACAUUCCCCCACCGGCUGCCCCACAAGUCUCACAGUGUGUCUGUGAGAUGAGGGUUGAGCAGUCUGACUCUGACAUCCUGUGAAGGUUGGGAAGCUGUCUGGGACAUAAAAGGCUGAAUUGCAUGUGCUUGAUCAGAGCCUGCCUCUGAGAAGCAGUUUUCUGUCUUUUUCUCAGCUUUUCUGUACAAAGCUUGAAUUCUUUUUCUUACAAAGGGGCCCCAUCCCUGCUGUGAGCUGAUGUUGCUGUGACUGCCUGGCUGCAGAUGGGCCAGGGGGUCAGCCCAGGCUCCUCUAUUCCAGAAGGCAUCUAGGUCUGACUUGGCAUUGUCCCACACAUCCACAUGUGGCCAUGCAGGGUCUGCAGAGAUCUCUCUUAGUGACAGGCAUGGGAAGAACAGGGAUAGGUGGAGUGCUGAGGGAUGCAAAAGAAUUAAAAUGUUGAUUUUUAGUUGUGCACAUAUGGAGAUAUCAAAGUUCUGCUUGUUGUUGUGAACACCAAAGUAUUUUCCUUCUCCUUUUUGACUGAAACGGAUCAUCCCACCCUGCCCAGCCUCCAUGCUCAGCCUGAGCAUAUUUAGAAUAUCUCCUGGUGCUCAGCCUCUCUGCUGGGGAAGGCUCCCAAAAAUCACCUUGUGUUUUGAUGUGAUGAUGGUAUUGGGUACUGUGGCCAGAGGGGUUCCUCCCAUCCUUGUGGUUUUCCCCAUCCAUAUACCCACACAGCUGUUCAAGAGCAUCAGGUUGUCCAAACUCCUUAAUUUUGAGGUCAGCAACGUGAAUUGGAGUUGUUGGGUCCUGCACUGGUACACUCACUGUUCACUGAGCACAAGUGUUCCUGUCAGCACUGGAUAAUUGGUAUUUUCUGUUAAUGAAAAGGGAGAAAUUCUUUGUUUGGCCUCAGGCUGAGCAUUGCUGCUCAUUCCUGAAAGAAGGUGUCCCCCAGCAACAUUCCACUGAGGAUAAGAAGUCAUUUUCUGAUGAGGAUUUCUUCUCCCUCUGUUGCUUUGACUGUUGUGGACAUCUCCAGUAAGCAGCUUAAGGUAUCUCACUUACCUGUUUCAGUCCUGCCUGCAAACAUUGGAUUGGAUUAAACUUUUGUUAUCUGCAGGAGAGUAAACCAAAUAAUCCUUUGCCAAAUAGUAUUUACACAUUGUAGCAUGUGCUGGGGUGUAUUUACAUUGGCUGAAAUGUGCAAACCUGCCUCCAGAUUUCCAUACCUUCUCCCCAUGAGUGCAUCUGUCUGUCUAUCUGUACUCUUCCAUGUGUCAGGGGCCAGCAAAAUCCCUCAGGAAUUCUGGCAGCACUGAACUGGUGUGGAAACCAGCAAGGCUGUGGGACCUUCCCAGGCUCCCUGGAAGGGGAACACUUGACUGUGAGGAUAAUCUUGUGUUACUCUGCUGUCCUUGGCCUCCUUUGUUUAAUCCUUGGGAAGCACAGCUGGGCUGAACUAUCAGCUCCAGUUAGCAAAGGUGAAGGAGAGAAAGGGGUUCUGCAGUGUGAGACGUGCACUGGAUGCUGAUCAGCAAAUCCUGGCUGCAGCAGUAACAGCCUCUGCAGAUGCUCUGGUGAGCACAGAGCAAUGCACAGCCCCUGGUAUAUGAAGGAGGAAUGGAUGAAUUAUGUGUCAAAGUACAUUCUCAUUUUAGGGUAUGAAUUUUAGGGUUCUGUACCUCUUUGGAACAUGCAUACGCCAAGAUCCUUUCUUGGUCUCUCCAGACAGCACUGGUCAUUUCGGGUUCAAAGCCUGGGAAUGAAUUAACAAAUAACCUUGUUACUGCAGAUGACAUGGAAUAGCUUCCCCCUGCUCUGCAGUUCUCUUGCAGCCAUCACUUGUGCUUCUGCAUGCUCUGAGUUUGCAGAGGGCCUGGCCACAGGGAACACAAAGCCCUGGCACAUCCUCCCAGCUGGGAGUGCCCAAAUUUUUCAGCCAAGGUGAAGGCAGUGGCAGAGGGAUGGCAGCCACACAGCUCCUCCCUGCCUGCACAGCUCAGCACUGUCCCAGCUGUGUGCAGCAGGACAGUUGCAAAGCAGCUGUUUAAUGCCCUGGGCUCCCUUGGGGUUUUGUUUUCAUCCAUUUUUAGCUUUCUGCAAAUAUCUGUAAAUGAACUGUGGGUGGAUUUUGGAGCAGACAUGGACAGAGAUGCCCAUCAGGCAGGAUUGAAAUGUUGAAAUAUGUUAGAGAGCAGAGCAGGAGCAUGUCAUUCCCCCUGUGUCCAGCUCCGUCCUCUGCCUGUACCACAGGAGAGCUGAGCAGGGGCCAUGUCCCUCUCUAGGCAGACCCAGUGGUUUUACUGGGGUCCUCCCAACCCUAGAAGAUUAUGCCAAAACCAGGGCUCCUUUCAUCCUUCAUUUUGCAGGGGUGGCUGCUUCUUCCCUCCCUGAGUGGCUGUGGCAGGGGCAGUGUCUGAAGAUGCCACAGGAGGCUGCAGUUUAGAGUCCCCUGCUCUGGCUGGCUUUCUGCUUCUAUUUCAGCAUCCCGAGGAUUUAAAGCAGCUUUCUGCAGUUACAGUAAUAAGCUUGAGGAUUCCUACUCGCUCGUUUGUUACUUGAGAACCAUUUUACAGGUCCCCAGUUCCCUGGUCCUUGUGGGGAAGGGAAGCACCCCCUUGCCAGGCUGGCUGCUGUGAGCAUUACUGCUCCUUUGGGCCCCAAAAGAGGAGUUCAGCCCCAUUUGCCAGCUGAAAGGCUCAGACAGCCCCAGUAAACAGAGCUCCUCAUCCUCUGUGUCCCUGCUGCCUGCACAGAGCCAUUCCCAUCAGCUGGAAGGGAAUGCAAAGGGAAUUUCCCUUCUGCUGAAGGAAAGCAGCAGUCUCCUCUGCAGAUUUGUAGCAAAAGCAGGAGUGUUUCCCAUGUGGGACAUUGAAAGAAGGAGUCUGGGGUUGCUAUACAUAAAGAAAAAAAAAAUCUGCAGCCUUUGUUGCAGCUGUUUCUUGCAGUUAUUUCUAAUGGCAGCCUUGGAUGGGGUUGAAUUUCUGAGAUCACUGAAAUUACCUAAAGAACUGGUGGUGCUCUUACAGCUGUGGGACAUUGCCUUUAGGCAGGAGCAACUGCACAGAGCAGGACCUGGGCAUGGGAUGUUCCCCUGCAGCAGUACAUACAGACAGACAGACAGGCUAUUGACCCAGGCUGCUCUUGAAGAAAGUUUUAACAUUUCCUUCCUGGGAGCAAACCUCUGGUUUUGUGUGUUAGUUGGCUGGUGCUGAUGCAGGAGGUUCAGAGUACAAAGAAGGUGGCUUUGCAGGAGGAGGAGCACCCCAUUUCUCCUUCACCCAUUAGGAACUGUCUGGUCUAGCUCAAUGACUUCAGCCAUUUCUUUAGUCAUAUCAUGGAAUUAAACACGAGUCAUGCCCUCGUUCUCCCCCAAACCCCACCCACCCAGGUCCCUGCCAGUCCCAUGUGCCAGUGCUUCCAUCCUUGAGGUUUUUAUUUGUUCUCCAAUUUCAAACUGCUCCACUGAUACCAUGGCAGAUCAGCAUUCCAGGGCAGUCCCUUCUAGGUUCUUCUGGCUGUGCUGGAUCCAGGUCUGCCCCUACCUCUCACCAGAAUUCUCCUGGCUGCUAAAAAUAAUCCUACCAAUCCAAUGGUUGUUGAUAAUAGUGUGAGAACUGCAUCCAAGUGCCAUUAUGCUCAGGUUAAUGCCUGGAAAUGCACAGGGUAGUGCCUCUUUCCAGCCCAGGACGAGGGUGUCACAGCCAGCAGGGUUGUGUGCCCUGUCCCUGCUGGCUGUGGCUGGGCAUUGUUAUCCCUCCUGUGUGUGUGGGCUCCAGGCUUACUUUGGGGCUUAUGAGACAUGGAGCUGAGGAGCAGGGUGUUCAUUUUAGCACAGUGGCUGCCACAUUUUCUGCCAGUGCAUCUCCUCCUCCACACUGCCUCUGCAGCAGCUGGGGGUGGCAGUGACAGAGAGGGGACACUUGUCCUGCCAACCAAGCACUAGGACAACCAUGGCUCUUAGGCAGGCAGAAGAGGCUGCCAGGCAGUAACUCAAAGUAGGAUGCAGCUUCAGCAGCUCUGUUCCAGCCUUUGGAAGAGCCUGUCUCAUUCCCUCACCGUUGCCUCCUUACAUAACCCAUUCUCCCCUUGUUUCCAUUACAAUUAGAGGGCAGGUGAUCACCUCCAUUUGCUCCCAGGACCGAGUGAUGCCAGCAGCUCCUCCAGCUGCUGGGAUUUGGGGUUUGGUGCCCCUGUGCCUAGGGAACACCUGCAGCCCCACCUUGCAGUGAGUCUGGCUGUGGCUGCACAGCAGGGCCCUGCCUGGCUCCUGCAGUUUGGGCACCACGGGGCAGGCAGCAGGGUUAGUUCUGAGGGAAGGGCUCGUUCUGAGGGAAGGGUUAGUUCUGAGGAAAGGGUUAGUUCUGAGGGAGAGCUGCACACAGGGAGGAGGAGCCUCGCUGUCAUCGGUGCUUAGGGCAGAUUUUUGGUUUGGUUCCUCUGGCUGAACUGCAGGGAGCCACCAACCCUGCAGGGUCCCACAGGAGGGGCAGAGCCCCACUGCACUGCUCCCGUGCAGGGCUGGCUAACAGGGGCUGGCACAGAGCCACUUUAUUACUGCCUCAAGUGGCCUGAACAAGUCUGAGCAUGUAUCUCCUCCCCUUUGUAGGGACCCCAAAUUCCCUCCAGAUACCUACACAACACGAACCCAAAUUUCUAGAACUGCCAAGAGGCCAGAGAUGCUCCUGGUGCAGAAGUUGCCCAGCUUGGAUCAGGGUCUGUCUCUCAUCCCUGGCUGCUUAGAACAGCUGUGCUGGGCAGCCUGAGGAGGAAACACAGAUCUUUAGACUUUUUUAUUUAAUAAGUUAUUUAUGUAUCAUGCUCUCUAAGUAAAAUACCACUUUUGGCCUCAGACAAAACAGGCUGAAGUGGGGCUGGGAACCCCAAACUCUAGCAACCUCUCCUCCCUGCUCACCUCUCAGAAACCCCAUGCAGCCUUUCACUGGGGAGGGUGGAAAAAAAAGUAUAUUUAUUUCCUUUGAAUUACCAGAUCUGACAUAAACAGACAGGGUGGGGGAAUCCUGCCCAUGCAAGGGCCUUUGGCACAGCUCCUGCUCUGGGCUGCAGCCAUGGAAAGCUGCUGGCACCUGCCCUGUGAGCAGUGCCCAGGGGCUCAGUGGGGCUCAGUGGGGCCCGGCCCUGCAGGUGUGGGUGGGCAGUCCCUGCAAGCUUGGGGGUACAAAGCACAGGGGAGCCUGACUGCAGCAGCUGCCUUCAUCACCUCUGCACAAGGGGGAUUUUACACCACCAGGCACAGGGAGUGGUGGCAGCAGCUUGGGAUCAUGCACUGGACAUUGUGUGGCGUGGAGAAGUGGCUGCUUUGCUUUCCCAGCAAGUGCACACGCUGCUAUUCUUUGCUGGUCUGAUGCUGAAAAGCUGAGAUUUAUGUACUGUAUGAAAAAACAAAACAGAAAGAAAAAAUCCUAAUGUUCCAAAAUAAAUGACAGUAUAUUUUGUACUUUGUAAAGUAAUUAAACUGAAAAAGAAAAAAAAGUGGAACUUAUGCUGUCUGCUUUUGUACUGAUCAAACUGAUGAAAAUAAAGCAGAGCUUGGCACUGUC